UGCUUCGCACUGGUCUUCUCUUUUCUCCUUUUUUUUUCUUUGCUACACACACCCAAAGAAAAAAAACCAUCAUCUCUCCUCUCUCUCCUCUCUCUCUCUAUCUCUCACUCCUCAUAUAAAUAUUGACCAGUGUCCUGGCUCUAGAGAGAGAGAGAAACUCGCCGCUUUUACUUUUUGUUGGUCUCUGAAGGUAGCAGUAAGCACUAAGCACAUAUCUCGAGCGCACAAAGGCAACGGCUAGUUACUCGGUGUGGGAAGAUCGAUGGAUUACGGAGAAGAUCGUAGCGCCUCAUGGAAUUGGCAAGUUCAGAACUAUGAUCACCAGCCACUGUCUGAUUUCUCUGAUAUAACUAUGACGGAAGUCACAUUGAACCAAGAAGAUCACUCAUACAUGUUUGACGAUCACUCCACCCCUGUCAAGGCCUGUGGCGAGUUGGGUUAUCAUGUCACAACAGAUGAAACGACCAAGAAGCUGGAAGUGCAAAGUGAGACACGCUCUGCUGUUAAGAGGCGUCGGAUGUUACUAUUCGAUGAUCAGCCUAUGGAAACGUCCCUUUUCAGCAGUGAGAGCUUCUCUUCAAUCUUAAAAUCAGGCGCGAGAGAGGAAACAUUUGAUGAGCUUUUGCCUGAAGGAUCUCAACUUAUAGAAGGGUUUUCAGCGGACGCUUCUGCCUCAAGCUUGGACCUGGAGGGCCUUGAUCUGUAUGCUGAAGAGUGGUACGCUGAUUGCUUAAAUGAUGCUGAGACUCCAAUCCUACCUGAUGACUUAAGCUUUGGUUCUCCUGAUGUCCAAGUAGAUAUUUCAGAGUAUCUAAGCGAGCCACCAGAACCAGAAGCCAGGGAAGUUAGACGACCUAUGACUCGAUCUUCUCCAAAUGUUAUCUUUAAAGCAGGUAGGAAAUCAUUUGCAAGGCCGGUUCCAAGGCUAUCAUCAUCGAUCAUCUAUCCAUUUGCAUUCAUCAAACCAUGUGGGGUUCACGGCGACAUGACUCUCAAGGACAUCAACCAGAAAAUCAGAACACCAGCAGCGAAACCAAAGGAAGACAAACUAGAGCCACCAGUGUUCCAAACUUCAGCGUUCUCUGGGAAACCCGUUGUUGGGAAGACUAAGAUCCGCACAGAAGGAGGAAAAGGAAGCAUCACGAUUAUGAGGACAAGAGGCUAAGCUAUAAGUUAAGUAGAAAGUAUUUAAGGUUUUUCAUUCGCUGCUGAAACUCUAUAAACCUUUUUGCCUUAUUCUCAGAGACCUUAAAUCUUUUAUUUACCGGAUAUAGUUCCAGUGAAGGGGCUUUAGGUAAGUACAGCGGCUAUACUCUUGUCAUGAAUCAUGUUCUUGUUUCGUUAUGGUAUCUGUGGUAAGAAAGUGAAAUCAAGGAGCUGUAAGCCAAUGUGGUAGGAUGUUUUUUGUUUGUAUAAAGUUCUUAAUAUAGCUGAAAACUGAAAUGCCAAAGCU